AUGCCCGGCUCUCGACGUGGUUUGGUUGCACCACAAAAUACUUUUCUUGAAUCAAUCAUCCGCAAAUGUAGUGGUGCCCAUACCGCGUUCGUUUUAUCAAAUGCUGAAAUACUCGAUUAUCCGAUUGUUUAUUCAAAUGAUGGUUUUACCAAAUUAUCGGGCUAUUUAAGAACAGAUCUAUUAAGUAAAAGUUCAACAUGUAAUUUUAUGUAUGGUGAAUUAACUAAUAGUGAAACACAAUCGAAAAUACGUGAUGCCUUAGAAAAUUGUCAUAUUGAACAGGUUGAAGUACUCUUAUACAAAAAAAAUAAAACACCUAUAUGGGUAUUUAUGCAAAUAGCUCCGAUAACAAAUGAACGUGAUGCAGUGGUACUUUAUCUGUGUACAUUUACAGAUAUUACAGCACUUAAACAACCGAUCGAAACUGAAGAUACAAAAAGUGGUCUUAGCAAAUUUGCACGUAUUGCAAAAUCGGUUACAAGAAAUCGUUCAAUUUUGAUGAAUUUUGCUGCACCAAAUGCAAAAUCGAUUACGAUUGAUCCAACAAAACCAUCACAUCUACCAAAUUUACUUAAUCUCAGUGCUGAAGUAUUACCGAGUUAUCGACAAGAAGCACCAAGUACUCCACCUCAUAUAAUUCUUCAUUAUUGUACAUUUAAAACCGUUUGGGAUUGGGUAAUACUUUUAUUAACAUUUUAUACAUCAUUACUCGUACCCUAUCAUGCAGCAUUUAAAAGUAAAUCAUUAGAUGAUGUGCCUUUACUUGUUGUUGAUAGUAUUGUUGAUGUUAUUUUCUUUAUUGAUAUUAUAUUAAAUUUUCAUACAACAUAUGUACACACAAAAUCAGGAGAAGUUAUAUCUGAUCCAAAACGUAUUAGAAAAACAUAUUUAAAAAGUUGGUUUGUUAUUGAUUUAUUAGCUUGUUUACCAUAUGACGUAUUCAAUGCAUUUCAAGAAGCUGAAGAACGAUAUGGCAGUAUAUUUUCAGCAUUAAAAGUUUUACGUUUAUUACGUCUUGGUCGUGUUUUUAGAAAAUUAGAUAAUUAUUUAGAGUAUGGUGCAGCUGUUCUUUUAUUACUUAUUUGUGUUUUUGUACUUGUUGCUCAUUGGUUUGCUUGUGUAUGGUAUACCAUCGGAUUUCGAGAAGGACGAGGUGGUCCUGGGAAACGAGUAUGUCAAAAAAAAAAUCAGAAUGAUAUUCAAUUUCAUACAAAUUUAUAA